UGUUCCUUUUCCUGCCUUUGGUUCUUGCUCAUUGGUGGUAUUAGUAAGUAUCAUUAAUCAUUUUAGCAUCAUUCUACUUAUUCAUAGCUUCUACCAUGCUCCUUAUGGUAUUCUUAAGAGAAUAGGUGUACCUCAUCCUCAUCCUGUCAUACCUUUCUUUGGAAAUGGAUUAGUUGUCUUAAAGCUAGGCUAUGUGAAGGUCCUUGAAAAGUGGAUUUCUGAGAAUGGGAAAGUGUUUGGGUAUUAUGCUGGUACAGCAGUGAAUAUGGUAGUUGCUGAUCUUGACAUGAUAAAGGAAGUAACAGUCAAAAAGUUUGAUAAUUUUAUCAAUGCUCAAAAAGAGCCUUAUGCAAUGUCCAAAGUGCGUAGAGAUAACCACAUUGGAUCUGGUUUGCUUUUUGAAUUGGAUGAUGAUUGGAAGCGUAUUCGACGCAUUGUAACUCCAACCUUUUCAAGCAAAAAACUAAAAAUGAUGAUGCCUUUAAUUGAAAAAAGUUGUAAAACACUGAAUACUGUCAUGGAAGAAAUUAGCAAUAAAGGACAGAGUUUCAAUAUUUUAAAAUUGUACAACAAGUUCACUUUAGAGGUUAUGCUUGCUGUGGCCUUUGGUUCUGAGGUUCAUUUGUUGAAAGGUGAAGGAAGUUUGCUUGCUGAAGCGGCUGCUGGACUCUUUUAUGAUAUUGAUGAAUCAAUAUUUGUGGGUGAAGAAAUUCUGAAUUCUCACUUUCCUCAUCUGUCAAAACUUCUCAAUGCAAUGGCUUCAAAAAUUUUACCAUUGAGCAAUCACAUGAAGUAUAUUAAUGAAACAUCGUUACAGAUUAUCAAAUCAAGAGAAGGCCAAUUAGAAAAUACCAGGGAAAAGUUUAAUGAUUUUCUUCAAUUGUUAAUGGAUGCCAGAGCACCAGAUGAUGAGAAUGAUUCUGAUAGUUCAAGUGAAUCAAGGAAUAAACUAACUAGCAAUCAGAUUGUAGGGCUUUGCUUUGACUUUAUGGCUGCUGGAUAUGAAACAACUGCCAGCACUCUUGCCUACACCACAUAUCUGCUAGCACUCAAUCCUGAUGAACAAGAAUGGCUAUGUGAAGCUAUUGAUAACUACUAUCAGGAAAAUGAAGAUGCUUCAUUGUAUGAUGCUUCACAGAAUAUUCCUUAUCUUGAUUGGGUCAUUCAGGAGGCACUACGCAUGUACCCACCUUCACCUAUUACCAUUCGAGUAUGCAACCAAACCUGUACAAUCAAUGGUGUUACUUUUCUUAAAGGUUGCAAUGUUAUACUUCCUAUUCAAUACCUACACUACUCACCAGAAUAUUGGGAUCAGCCAUAUGUAUUCAAACCAAGCAGGUACUUAAGAAUUUAGAGAAUUUAAAGUAAUGCUUUGUUACUACAGGU